AUGACCAUCCAACUCGUGGUUCCAAAUGGAGAGGCCAAGUGCCCUCGCGGGGAUCGGCUGCAGGAGGAGCCUUCGGCGAAGAAUGCCCAGGGCUUGUUCCCUCCCGAGGCGUGUAUUUUUGUUGGAAAUCUAUCUACCAAAGUCCCCACCGAGACGCUGGCUGAAGACUUGAAGUCGGAAUUUACACAAUUUGGUGCUUGUCAUGUAAAGAUCAAGCAGGACAAAAAGAAGGGAUUGCCCGGUGCCUUUGUGCAGUUUGAACGUGUGGAGGAUGCCAGUGCAGCCCUCGCUAGCGACCAAUCCACCGUUCUUCAUGAUCGACUGUUGAGAAUCGAACGAGCUAAAGGACGAAGAACCGCUUGUCUUGGGCUUCGCUCUCUUCAGCCCGUGACGGCGCAAGACGUGCUGACUGCUCUGGAUGGUCGUGGCUCUCUGGAAGUCUACACCAUCGAGCAGCAGCAGACGGGAUAUCAGGUUUGGACGGACGUUGCCAAAGUGACGUUUGCUUUCGUUGAUGAUUGUCGAGACGCUAUCAAGUACUUCCAAAAAGACGACAAGUACUACCUUCACUUGCUCGACAUGGACGGCAGCCCGCUCCUUCAGGGCUCCGUUCAGGGCCCCGGCAACGGGGUCCCUCGCUCCAAGCCCUACAAUGGGCGUUUCUCCUCUCGUGCUGGAAACUUCCAGCGAAACAACAACUCCCGCCAGCACCGCAACGGUAAUGGCAACUUCAACCACCGGAACGGAUAUCACGGUGGCUUCCCAAAGGUUCGUCACUCUCAGAUGAGCAAUGAGAACCUGCCUCCCCGCCCCGGAAGCUUCUCCAACCCAACAUUCACAAUGAAUGGGGUAACCUUCAACAGCCAUGAGUUGCACCCGUCACUCUUCAAUCCUCAUUACGCUUUUCCUGCUCCUCCUGGCCCCCAUCCCUACGCCGCAUCUCCUCCCUUUUUCAAUGGCCCUCCCUUCUGUGGCCCUCCGAGCUACAUGGGCCCUCACACACCUCCUGAUGCCUUUGGUCCUCCCCCCAUGGACCCGGCCUACCUCGUCUGCGGUCAGCCUCAUUAUCCUCCACCACCCGGGCCUUACUACCCUUCCGGAUUCGUCCCUAACUAUGGCCCCGUUCACCCUCCCCCUGGCAUGAAUGGUCACCCAAAUGGGUACUUUCCCCCUCCCUUUCCUGGACAUGGAGGCUUUGCCCACUCCCCUCCCAACAUCACCGACCAACGCUUCGGCCCUCACAAGGUACCAAGCCCGGUGAAUCAGCCUCACGUCAAAGUAAAUGAAGUCUCAGACAAGAAGCUGGUCGAGCAGGCUUCCGAGAACGACACUGUGGCAGGAGUUCCAUUGAACCCCAAGACUCCCGAGAAGGCCCCCCGUCUCAUCCGUGUCUAUCACGACGAUGACGAGGAAGAAGAGGACCUCAAGGCUGCCUCUGAGAAGACUGCCACCGGCAACGACAUCGUCAUGUCUGUUCAAGAGAUGACUGACAAUGAUUCUGCCACUGAAGCUGAACCUCGCUCUCGAUCUCGCUCCCGCACUCUCUCUCAAUAUCUUCGUCGAUCCCGCUCCCAAUCUCCAUCUCGAUCCCGCUCCCAGUCCCACUCUGGAUCUCGUUCUCGCUCCGUGUCCGCCACUGGAUUCCGCUUGGGCUCAAGCAUCGGCUUGGCUCCUCUUUCCGACUCGGAGAAGAGCAAGAAGACCUCCCAGCAACUCUAUCGCCAGCACCAGUUCCAGCCGAACCUGCGCAUCUCCUACCCCAAAGCCCGAUGA